GCGCUUCCUUGAAAGCCUCACAGAGGAACUACCCUGCCGGUUACAUGCUUAAGCUAUACCACCGAGCAAAAGCAAAAAUGUUCGAUUCAAACAUGCGCUGGAACCACUAUAUCUUAUGCACUCCUGAGGAUCAUGCACAAUGCAUUAUGACUCAAAACCGGGUAAAAGGCUUUCAAGUUAUAUAAGAAAUGUAAAAGAAAGAACAGGAAGAACUUGGGUGUUCUUGUAACAGUGUCCAGAAUAUGCACGCAACUGAAACCCUUCGUAGAUACGUGGCGCGACACUCGUGAACUCUGCAAGGGAAGAUGUGCUCGGAUAUCGAGAGGUCAGUCGUGACACGCAAGAUUUCAAUGGAGUUGGUUCUACGAGACAGCCGGUGAACGUCACACCGACUACAAAACGUCUGGUUGUGCACGGUCCAACAAGUGCCAUGCAGUCUCUAGCUUCCGUGACCACACCCUAAACCUUGCGAACACAUUGUAUUUCAAUUCACCGGUCUCCGCGACAUUACGUAACAUGGGUCGUGAUGCUGAGAAGAGCAAGGGUGACACAUGAGAGAGAAUGCAAAGGAACAAGUUUCUACGAAGAACUAACGAAACGGUAGCAAAGUGUCUCGACACCCUGGGCCCCGGCGAAAGCGGGCGUCUCGCCGCACCAUGCACCCUCCACGGACAACUCGUUCUUAAAAGCAUACCUACAACAAAACGAAGUGUCUAAUCCACUCUCAUGAGUUCAGGAAACGGGUAUAUUAAGACCUACAGGUAUGUCAGGUUUGCUGUACAGCAAAUUCGUAAGACUUUCAUGUCGAGGAUGAGCGUGGUCAGAACGCCGCAGCCACUCAAAGACAAAAAACAGCUAAAAUACACUUUACCCGCGCGCCGUUUCAAGCUGAGAUGUCUGUUUCCUGUUCACGCAGUUCGUCUGGAAUUUCAUGAACUCGUUCGCUGCAUUCACUGUCUUUCUCGGGUUUUCACUCGAUGUUCGAAGACGUUGCGUCGGCUGUCCCUUCGAUUGUGAGGCGGCAAGACGCGAGCGUCUUGUUAUGAAUCGUCAGCCCUGCAGGUCUUUCGCGUCGGAGUUACCCUGGCCCGGGGACGCAGUUUUGUCCCCGUCUUUUCAAGAGAAUAUCUAUUUUCGGAGCCGUUCUCUUCGCUGUCAGUGACAGAGGAGAACUCUACGCACCACAUGUUUCACCAAGGGAGCGUUCCACUUUUCCGCGAGUGGAUGAGAUGGGCGGUCGGGUCCUCCACCAUUUUCGUGUGCGGCAGACUAGAAAGGACGAACGCGGUGCUCAUCGCACACAGUCUCAGAGGGCGCUGCGUUGCGGUCCUAGAACUGCAUUCACAACAAUCCCUGCUCGUGUGAGUAUCAUGUUUUGUGGAAGGACGUUCUUUCAGGAUUUGGUUGGGCUGGCGCGGCAGAGGACUCAGUUGCACAUGGCGAAUCCGCUCCCUUGCGUACUUUUUCUGCUGUUGGCCUGUGCAGAGGGGACGACGUCCACGCGGCGCACACACCGCGCACGAGGGAGAUUUGUCUUUCUAGAAACAGUGGAGAUGGUUUGUAACUGAAAGCUGGCCGAACUGCACAGAAGUAGGGGUGUCUGCAUUCGGCAGGGAAGCGUUUUACGCUCUUUGCAUAUCCCCUCUUCUUUUUCUGUCCCGUCGUUUUGUGUGGUCACACGGGACGGGGUGCCCGGUGGUUCGGCGCAGUCAGUGUGUACCGGUGCGGGAAAUUGCCUUUUUUUUGUAAACUGCGAAGUCCUGAGAGCAGGAGGACGCAUUUGAGCUAUUUUUUAUGGUGAGGUAAUUUCCGAUCCUGGAGAAAACCAGUACUGCACUGCGUGAUUCGCCUCCCCACGGUUCUUUGCGUCCGGUGUCGGUAAAGAGGGGGAAGACGGGCCACCCCGCCCAGCGGCAUCCAUGGCGGUGUUCCAAGAAAAUUUUUCGGUUGAGAAGCGGGUGCUGGCCGAGCUUCGCAAAUACAUCGCGGUCGCGACAACUCAGUCAAUUCAGGCCGCCGCAAUGCAGGGUCAUCUCGCCGGGGGUUUUCUCCGGAACUUCGACGGUCAUCUGGACCAGAUGACACCGGAGUUGAUGCGGGCAAUUUCCAGCGAGCUCGUGCGCGAAAUUCCCACGAAACGGUCCGCAUAUGCCCCCGGGAAUUUCGAGUUUGUGUUACCACCUCCAGGUUUCGACGUCCCUUGCCGCCGUAACGGUGCUCAGAGUCCGGGGUAUCCCUUUCUUCCGUCAGACCAAGGUACUCGCCUCGUUGACUACAGUGAACAGCCUCCUAUCUACAGGUCGGACGCUUCCCAGGUUGAUGCGAACAGCCUAACCGGCAACGCGCUCCUUCAUCUCUUCCAAUCCCGCUCCAUGUGGAGUACGGAAACUCCCCGGUGCGACAAGGAACGGAGGACGGACGAAACGGACUCCUCGUGGUCCCUCGUGACACAUGGCUCAUCUGGCGAAAGCGGGAAUGAGCGUGUUUCUCCGAGUUUCCCUGGCGCGAUUGAUUGCGUGAAACCCCAGCCAAAUGCGGUCCCCAGUCAAAAAUCUGGUACAAAGUCUUCGAGAAAAGCUCCGUCUCAGUCAGCCCGCAAUUCCGAAGACAAUGAAGAACAAGCGCUCGCGUCUGGGGUCAAGGUCUUCAUCGGAAAUGUCAUGCCCACGACGACAGAGGAAGAAUUGUAUGAAAUCUUUCGGUCGUUCGGUGAGUGCUCGGGCCUGGUACUUCUUAGAGACAGGCGGCAACGUCCCCGGGGCGCAGGCUUCGUCACCUUUAAGAGAAAGGAAGAUGCCGAUAAAGCCAUGGACGCGUUGGACAGGAAAUUCUGCGUCAAGGGAGCGGUGAAACCUUUAGAAGUUCGUCCACCGGAAAACUCCGAACAGAAGAGACAGCGAAUUCGACUUUUGGCUCAGAUGCGUUCGCAGAUGAAUCGCGACCUAAAUGUCGAAGCGGACACCCGCGACAGCUCUGCCCAGCCGUCUCCCCAGGAGACGGGCAAGUCUGUGUCGCCGCGUCCGGUGAGCGGAGAGUUGGGUAGGCGCCGUCGGCGCCGCGGGCAUUGCAAAACGCAUGCGCGAGCAGAGAAGUCUUGCGAGACUCAGCUGUGUCCCUCUGUCGAAAGCGUGUGCUCUGCGUUUCGACGCGAGAACGGGGCUUUGGAUACGAAGUCGUUGUCUGCGUUGUAUUCGCCGUUUCAACGCGCCCUUCGUGAAGGCCAGCCAGACGAAAGGGAAGAAUCGCAAGUACUGUUCGCCAGUCGCCAGGAAAGACCAGGCAGCACCGGAGACCGGCGAUGUUCAUCGUCCACCAGGUGCUCCGACUGCGUCAUGGCAGGGCUCCACAGUUCUGCUGUGUGCCAAAAACAAGUCAAUAGCUUCUCGCGUUUGAUUGCAUGCUACGGCAACGUUGCCGAGACUCGGCCUGCACCCCUGGUUGGGGUUCCUUCGCGUGCAGCGAGUCCUCCGCUCCACGAAGAUUUGGGAGAACAUGAAUUGUGGACAGACCGCGUGGCGGCGGCAGAAGUCCAAGCAGCUUUCUUGCGUUCACUCGCGAGUUGCGCAGAGCGAGGGAUUGCGCUCCCAUUUGGGGAGGACCCAGCGAGAUGCCGUGCACACUCGGGUGUCAGGACGUGUCACACGGAGAACAACCCUGACUUUUUCCUGGAAAGUCACCGAGGUAUGCACUUGACGGAACCGCGAAACGGCGCACAUGGGGAGAGGCCUGGGUGCGUCCCGCGUCUCCCUGAGCAUACACCAGCGCAAUUUGGAGGGUUUCCUUCGUUGCUGCAGAACGGCGUGAUUGCAGAGGCAGUUCUUGAUAUGCUGAACUUACUGGCGAAGGAGGAGUCUGCGAGAAACGCGUAUCCGAACCUUUGAAUGCAGCGAGAGAACGCGAUGAUGGGGCACCCGGCGAACAGUCGCCGCCGUGUAGUUACCACCACUGCCGUAUAUGUAACUGUGUGCGCAAGUUUGUGAACGGCGCAAAGAGUUUACGAGACGCGCUGGGAUGCCUUUUACGCCAUCUGUGCUCACUGCCCAGAGACCAGAGUGUCGUUUUCAUGCGAUUCUACGAUCCCGUGAAACCGACGAGUCCGGUUGCAUGUGAAACCGUAGACAGUCGCCGACAUACCUUGCGGCGCACACGGUACGUGCGUACGUAUGUACUUUGUUUUUCCGUAUUCGUGGCCCCCGAAACACACCCGACCGUAAUGGUCCUGGUACAUGCCGGACGUUUGCAAUCGCUCGUGAUAACUUCAGGCGUAGGGGGUCCUUUGAUUUUAUUUUAGAGGCAGACGUCGGUAUCUGUGACUGCACAGAAGGAUGAUUCCGACCGUCAGUUUGUGUGUGAGUUCUGUGUGGUGGGAAUUAUCCGGACGACACGAGGAGCCUGCAAGAUCCGUGCGAACGCACGCGACUGCAGCGAUCGUAGUCACAAAAUGUGGAGCGCGUUCGGGCCUCUGACGAGGCCGCUGUAUUUGCGGUACACGGAUGCGUCCACAUACAACGUGUCACUCUUCCUGAUGGUGAGUCGACGCACGCCAGGAGGCACUGCGCUGCCCAAAACGUAUUGAAACUGAGAGCGCGUGGUUUUCAGUGUCUGGCUGGAAAGAAUCGCUGUGUGUUCCCAAGUUUGCGUUGCUUUAAAUCGAGCGCAUUUUGAGUUAUUUUUUCCGUUUAUUUUUUUGUUUGCGGAGGUGCGUAGCCCUACGCCUCCGCUUGUAUUUUGGCCGAUUAGCCACACACUGACACACGCCGAUCGGCGUGUUUUGGCUUUUAAAGGUAGCGAUGGCCCCGUGUGUGUGCGCGGCCCAGCUCAUUCGUUUCGCAGGGAGUGUGUCUCGCGAAAAAAAAACCACCUGGUAAUGUGAUGCUGCGGUCCGUCUCCGCCGGGGGUACUGCCUGGAUAUCGCCUCCGGUGAGUGAGUGUACGGCGCUUUUCGCUUGAAAAGUUCAGGGACCGUUCUGUCUGGAACGCGUUUCGAUGUCUUGGAACGGAACAAGCACCCCUUGAGUUGCGGGAGGUAUUCUUAGUGGGAGAUGUUUUUCGCCUUCUCCGCGAGUGUUAGUCGUCCGUUCGCUCCCGGUAUCGUGGAUGCUGCGGCUGUUGUACCAUCUUAGUUCUGCCACUUAGAAGUAAGAUAGUCCCCUUAUCAGUGUGCAUGUGGAUGUAUUUGUCUGCUCUUUCUCUUUCAUGUGUCGUCUCACUUUGGCGUACUUUUUUGUAGUUAUUUGGAGUGCUGUGAGAUGUUUGUGGGCUGCCGAGUGUGGGUCGGCACUUGCGUGUUUCUCAACUUCGCAGCGAACUGUGGUUUCAAGCGUGGGUCAUUCGCUGCAUUUUUCGUUGCGCUUGCGAUACGCGACUACGGGAAAUUCACAAUAUGGAAGCAAUGUUCACGCGAUCCGCCGCCAUCGUUAUGCCAGAAGGUGCGCGAUAAAAGGUCACGCGUAACUGAGGAUGCGGAGAGACUGCUCGACGGGUCCUCUUACAGUACAUGAUACUUGUGUUGUCGAGUGUAGCACUUUGCCACCUCCCAGUUAUGUUUUAAGGUCGUGUGUUCGAAAUCGAUAAGCGAAAAUUCCCUUGAAAAGAAAGGCGCGUUUGUUCAGUGUCCCGGAAUGAGCCAUGUCGAGGAUGGUAGAACUCCGUGGAGCCAUUAUCUUUUUCAUCUGUGUACACUACUCCAUACAUGUAUAUUGACAUUUCUAGUGUCCCAGCAGCAGCUGAUACUAUUCCGUGCACAUGCAUUCGACUUCAGUCAUAGCCGUGGCCUGACAACUGAGCGCAGUGGCCGUGUGUCCUUGAAUUCGGCCAUCACACCGUUGGCAUCUCACCGCUUCCUCGUGUGGGAUCGCCAACAGUCACAGUGGUUUUUCAUAAUGUGCCUUUAACCAAGUAAACCAGCUACGCGAGUGUUAUUUCUAAGUGUCGGCAGUGCCUUGGUGCGGACAUCAGAUCGGCCGUGUAUCUCGGCUGAAGAGAGGGGGCAGGUAGAGUCUGCGUCGGAUGAUGUGACGGGAAGAUGUGACUGGCUCUUGGUAGCCAUGCGGUCGACGUGAUCUCUGGAUUUUUUCUAGACAGACUUUCAGCUGACGUGGCUGCCUGGGUGUGAACGCUGAGCUUGUCCCUCGUUUCUCUUGUCUUGUGAAGACCAGUCAGUGUCUUCAACGGUAGACCAAUGUUAAAACGCUUCCACUCUAUAGUCAGCUGAUUACGGUUGCUACAGUGCUUGCCCUGGAUCGGCUGUAUAACCUUUGGUUGCAGCAACGCAUUUGGAGUGUGAUGCUACUCUCAGUGGUUGAGGAAAUCACUUCGGUGCAGGAACAGACAUCCACAGUUGCAGUACGCUUGGUAGCCUGUCAGACGAAAAGCAAUUCAACACCCCCAAGUGACAGAGGCGACGACACCACAAUCGAACGGCUAAGCUGUCCUCGAAUGCGGAAGGGUAUGCAUGUUCACUGUAGAUGUAGGACGCUGGCGAUGCGUGCGUCAACCGAGUCAUGAGAAUUGCCGAAGCAACAGUCACGUUAUGUGUGCAGUACUAAUCUGUUGCUUGAACCCGCGCUAUUGCGACAAGGAUAAUAUGUUUAUGGAAAGGGAAAGGGGGGUUGGUCGUCUUCUUUCCGGGCGAGGGGAGUGUUAAUUUGCCUAUUUGCUAGGGAAGCACAUCUCUUAGACAGUUGAUCCUUGUGCAGCGACCGGGGUGCCAACGUUGGAAAAACGCGCUUCAACUCAUUUCCCCCCUCUGUUUUUCGUGAAAGAGUGCAGUCCCAAUACAUGUCCUACCACCAUGAAAACCCAACGAAGCACGCACUCUCUAGUGCCAGGUCUCGUAUUGGUUUUCUCAUUAUUGUUGUACCGUCAUCCCCGAUGCGGAUGCCUUAAUGCAAAGCACGAAACUUAUCCGAUAUCCUUCUAUCCAGGGUUUGCUGGAAAGUUGAAUGCCACGACCGGUGGGAGAGGCCGCGCCGACAAGGCUUUGCAUUUUGCCUACUUUCACUCUCAAUAGACGACCCACGGAAAGGGGC